AUGAGCGAUCUCACCAGCCUGGCACAAGAUGCCACGCAAUGGUCAACUCGAGAACUGUUGGCCGAGCUCGAGCGCCGCCAGAAUGCAACCGGGCGACCGAAGUGCGGUGGAAAGGGCCAGGGAUGGUAUGACAUGGCCGCUCACGUCUUUGCACUGUUCCUGAUUCUAGCCCUGAGCACGUUGGCAUGCGGUUUCCCCCUCAUCGGACGACGCGCGACGACCGGACGAUCGCAGAGCCGCCUCAUCUUUUACUGCCAGCACGUCGGCACCGGCGUCCUGCUCGCGACAGCCUUUGUCCAUCUACUCCCGACGGCCUUUGAGUCGCUGACCGACCCAUGCCUGCCCGAAUUCUUCAGCAAGGGCUACAAGCCGCUUCCGGGCCUCAUCGGCAUGGUCUCAGCCAUCAUUGUCGUCGGUGUCGAGUCGUACCUGACAGCCCGCGGCGCGGGGCACUCGCACUCGCACAGCCACGCCGCCUGGGACGAGCUCGACGGCGAAGACCACGACGACCACGACGACCACGACGGCAUGAACGGCCUCGCAGACCGACGCAGCCACCGCCCCGACAACCUCGCAGUGAGCGAUCCGGACGCCGAGGCCGCCGAGGGCCUGGUAGCUGGCGCCUCGCCGCUGCCCGGAUCCACGCCCACGACGACACGGCCGCGGAAGCACUCCCUCGACAAUGCCUUUGCGGACGGCGACUCGGACCUCGACCUCGACCUCGAUGAGCUGGAUCCCGUUCCCAACGGCAACGGAAGCGGCCGGUACGCGACGCUAAAGCGUGGCGGCGGCGGCGGUGGUGGUCGUGCGCGAGCCGACUCGAGCGGCCUUCCUCCACAGACACCCGAGCAGCAGAAACGUCAGAUGCUACAGUGCUUGCUGCUGGAGGCCGGCAUCCUCUUCCACAGCGUCUUUAUUGGCAUGGCGCUGUCGGUCGCUACCGGCCCUGCCUUUGUCGUCUUUCUCAUCGCCAUCAGCUUCCACCAGUCCUUUGAAGGCCUGGCGCUGGGCAGCCGCAUCGCCGCCAUUCAAUUCCCGCGCGCCUCGCCACGCCCGUGGCUCAUGGUCAUUGCCUAUGGCGUCACGACCCCCUUCGGCCAGGCCAUUGGUCUCUUUAUGCACCGUAUCUACGACCCUGCCUCGAUGGCUGGCCUGAUUACGGUUGGCUUCAUGAAUGCCAUCUCAGCAGGCCUCCUGCUCUAUUCCGGUCUGGUGCAGCUGCUCGCCGAGGACUUUUUGUCGGAGAAGAGCUUCAAGAUUCUCAAGGGCCGAAAGCGCCUGCACGCCUAUCUCUGUGUUGUUGCUGGAGCUACGCUGAUGGCGCUCGUCGGUGCCUUUGCAUAA